AUGACAGAAUCCGAAUUUUACAGUUUCACCGUUCCUGAUGCUCAAGGUAAUGAAGUUUCCCUCUCCGAUUACAAGGGAAAAGUUGUGAUGGUAGUGAAUGUCGCAAGUAGUUGUGGGUUGACUCCGCAGUAUGAAGGUUUGCAAGCUUUAUAUGAUAAGUAUAAAGAUCAAGGAUUUGAAAUUAUUGCAUUCCCUUGUAAUCAGUUUGCUUUCCAAGAAAGAGGAUCGAAUGAUGAAAUUUGUGCAUUCGCAAGAAACAAAUUUAAAGUUUCUUUCAAAAUAUUCGCCAAAACACAUGUCAAUGGCAGUGAAACUAUUCCUCUCUAUAAAUAUCUUAAAAAGGAAGGAGAAGGCAAACUAUUCAAAGCAAUUAAAUGGAAUUUCACUAAAUUUUUAGUUUCCAAAACAGGAAAAGUACUAAAAAGAUAUUCUCCAAAUACAGAACCUUCCGAAAUUGAACAAGAUAUUGUAAAAUUACUUUCUGAAUAA